CGAUGACGAACGCGAACGCGAACGCGAACGCGGUUCGCGUGACUCGCGCGCUCGUUCGGGGCGAUCGUGAUGAUUGGAAUGCUCGAUCGAGAGCUGGUUGGAAUGCUCGAUCGAGAGCGCGCGCGUCGGCGUCGGCGUCCGCGUCGGGCUCGCCGGAAACGCGCCUCGCGAGUUGGUUGCGCAACCGAUUCGCUUUCGACGCGCUCGCGUUAACGCUCGAGCGACCGCCUGGGGACGAUGGCUACGGGGUGCGUGCGACGUGUGUGUGCGAUGAUGGCAUCGCGCGAGGCGACGUGAUCGUGGCGAUUCCUCGCGACGCCAUGCUCGACGCGCGCUCGGCGCUUGGAGACGCGGCGUUCGAGCGAGCUCGAGCGCGCGGUUUGAGUUCGUUUCAACUCUUGACGGUGUCGCUGUUGCGCGAGUGGCGGUUGAAAGACACCACAUCGAGAUGGAAGCCUUAUUUAGACACGCUUCCCGAGGAUGACGGUCGGUGGCAUCCUUUACUUUGGCGCGACGAAGACGUCGAACAGCAUCUGCCGGCGAAUUCGACGCACGCCGGCGCGCGCUUGAGAGGUCUCAUACGCGCGUGCGAAGAAGACACACGCCUUUUUCGCUCGAUUGUCGAUGAAUUGAACAUCGACGAUGAGAACUGGCCUUCGAUGCGACACGUUAGAUGGGCGGUCUCGAUAGUCAUCUCCCGAGCGUUUCGACUGAACGAGCUCGACGACGAAGAAUGUUUGCGCGAAGUGCGCGAUGAUGCGCUGUUAGAAACCCUGAAUGAUUUAGACGCAGACUGUUGGGAAGGCAGUGGAGGUGAUAGCGGUGAAGAUGACGAAUUUUCAGUCAUGGCACUCGUUCCUUGGGCCGACGGCUUGAACCACUCUUCGGAUGCGGGCGAUGAAGCGAUUUUGACUUACGACACGCUAUCGCAAACAGCGACGCUUCGAGCGCAUAAAGCGUACGCGUGCGGCGAACAAGUUUUUGAUUCAUACGGGUCGAAUUUGAGCGACGAAGAUUUAUUCGUAAAUUAUGGCUUCGUCGACGUUCAAAGUUCGCGGACAAACUUUGUUGAAUUCAGCGGGGAAGACUUCCUUCGUGCGGCGAGCGAAAUCGGAUUUCAAAUGCACGCGAAAGCGGAGGAUGAUGAUAUCAGCUUCAUCGACCCUAAGGCUGCAUUAUUACGAGUCGACAGUGUCGUCGGUGUCGGAGAGAACGCCAUGUUUUUCGGUGAAUGCUUCUUGGAAUACAACGAGCAGGACGUCAAAAACGUCGUGCUCCGAACGUUUUCGCACCUGCUCGACUCGGCGUCCACUCGAGCGUGCGACGACCUGGUAGUCAAGGCGCGCGAAACACUCGGAAAUCUUCGCGAAGGCGAUACUCUGGUCGGAUUCAAGGCUGCUGCGUACGUCCUUUGUAGGGAACAAGAAGCCAUCGAAGCGGCGCGUAGUGCGGUUGCUCGUCAGCUGAGCAUGUGUGACAAUUCUAAUUAA